CGGCUCAGAGUGUGUGUGACCGCAGCCUGAUAAACACACUCCGUCCUGCUCCUCCUGCCGCCCCGCCAUGGACCUGGACCCCGCCGUGCUGCUGCCGGCCCUGCUCUUCACCGUGGUGGCCAUCUACUUCGCCUCCUCCUUCCUCAACAAGAAGCCCGACGCCUCCUCCGCCUCCGCCGCCGCCAGCAAGAAGCCUAAAGUCGGCUAUGGAGACGAGAUCCCCCCGUCCAGAGCCCUGGCUCCCCCCAGGACGGAGCCCCCGGCCCCGGCUGUCCAGGUCCCGGAGGUCCCGAAGCCCGCAGUCGUUUCACAGCCAGAACCAGAACCUGUCCUUGAAUGUAUGAGAAAACCAGAACCUGUCCCAGAGCCAGUGAAAGAACCCGAACCGGAACCAGUGAAAGAACCUGAACCAGCACCAGAGCCUGUGAAAGAACCAGAGCCAGAACCAGAACCUGUUGUACAACCAGUUGAAGUACUGGAAGUAGCUGCAGAACCGGAACCUGUCCCAGAACCCGAGCCUGUUCCAGAACCAGUUGUAGUCCCAGAGCCGGAGCCAGAACCCGAACCUGUCCCAGAACCUGUGGCGGAGCCUGAACCCGAGCCUGUGGAGAUCCUGGAGUCGCAACCUGAGCCUGUACCGGUGGAGGAGUCCUUACCUGAGCUGGUCCCCGGAUCAGCUGAGGAUGCUGAAGAGGUGCUGGAACCAGAACCAGAACUGGAACCGGAAACCAUCCUGAAUGAUGACGUGGCUGCGGCUGAAGAACAAGUGACAUUCGUCCCCGGUAAGAAACAGAGCAAGUUCGAGGCCAUGAUGACGAAGGAGGAGAUCGAGGAGGAGCAGAGCUGAUCAGUGAGGAUGAAGAUGUGUAGUUCGGAGAUCGAACCGGCGUCUCUGUGUUUUCAGAAUUAUUGUUAUUUUUUUUUUUUUAAUGUCUGACUGCAGAGGAGCAGUGUGUUUUUACUCUGAUUACUCCAGUGAUUACUCUGAAGCCAUUAAACUGUCUUGAGGUUCACACACACAUCACAUGUCACACUCAGGGCACGCCUCACCCAGCCUGUCCACUGUCGCCCCGUGCUCAGGUGUGACCUGUGUGUGUAUUCGUGUGUGUGUGUGUGCGUGUUUGUUGCGUGCUGACGCAUCUGUGUGUCUGUGUGUGUGUGUUUUGGAAUUACAGCGUGGAGCCGUUUGCAUGUUUUUUGUUUUUCUGCUCCACUCAGAUUUUCCUGUUCUGAUCAUUAAAGAGACGUU